AUGACAUUGGGCUUGAGAUCGAUCGCUAUGGAUUCCGGUGAUAUUGCCCGGAUCAUUCAAGAAGGAAUUACAGCUGGCCUGCAACGGACGAUCAAAGAGUGUGAUGGGACCACCGAUCCAAUCAAUCAUCUGAACAUAUACACGGACGUCAUGAAUUUACAGGUCGCACCAGAUCAGGUGAUGUGCAAGGCCUUCCCGCAAACCUUGACGAAUGCCGCUAGGGAUUGGUUCUCAACCUUAGAGUCCAACUCCAUAGUCUCAUUCUCGGAUUUGGCGGACAAGUUCUCCGCUUUCUUCGCAAGCAGCAAACGCAUCAGGAAGACAGCGGGUUUCCUCAUGCAACUUAGACAGGGGCAAAAUGAGACCCUACGUGACUUCAUGACCAGGUUCAACAAGGAAAGACUUCAGAUUCCCGACCUACACAUAACUGCAGCGGUUUCUGCCCUCACAUAUGCCAUAAAGUGUGAGGCCUUCAAGAUGUCUUUAUCCAAAACUCCGCCAAAGACAGUGAUCGAGCUUCUUACCCGAGCCGAGAAGUACAUAAAUAUGGAGGAAACACUGAACCCGAGAAAGGUUGGACCAUCCCAUGACAGGGUCGAGCAUAAAAGACAGCAUGACCCGAACCCUCGUGAAGAACAGCAUCGGAAAAAACAGAGACAGGAGGUUCCCCCGACGUCGUUCACGCGUUUAAAUACGUCAAAGACCAAUAUAUUGAUGGAGAUCAAGGAUAUGAAGGAACUGAAAUGGCCUGUCAGAAUGAGGUCACCACCCGAAUCCAGGACAUGA